AUGCAACAACGGCUCGAACAGCAACGUGGCAGCAGCUGGAGUAAAAGAACUAGCAGCAGCAGCAGCAGCAACAUCAGCAGCAGCACCAACAGCAGCAGGAACAGCAGCAGCAGCAGCAACAGCAGCAGCAGCAGCAACAGCAGCAGCAGCAGCAGCAACAGCAGCAGCAACUUGCCUGUGUUUUUGCUUCUAAGAUUUCCAUUUGCUGUCUCUGCAGCUGCCUCUCAGCCUGAAGGCAACCAGCAACAGCAGCAGCAACUACAGCAGCAGCAGCAACAGCAGCAGCAGCAACUACAGCAGCAGCAGCAGCAGCAGCAGCAACUGCAGCAGCAGCAGCAGCAGCAGCAGCAGCAGCAGUCCCCCACCUCGGCAUUCCUUGCCCGCGCGGACUCCGCUUCGAUCAGUUGCUGCUGCAGCUCCGCCACCUGCGCAGCAGCAGCAGCAGCAACAGCAGCAGCAGCAGCAGCAGCAGCAACAGCAGCAGCAGAGAAAACUCGUUAA